GAGAUAAACAAGAAGUAAGAGAUAAUUAGGAAAAUAUCCCAAAACAAGACAAAUAACUCAAUUCAUCAGUACAACAGGUCAAAAAAUGAAGUACAAGUUUAAAGAAGAAAAUACAUUUGAGCAAAGAUGUAGCGAGUCAACCAAGAUUAGAUCAAAGUACCCAGAUAGGAUACCAGUUGUUGUGGAAAGAGCUCCAAAAUCACAGAUAAAUGAGAUCGACAAACGUAAAUUCUUAGUACCCAAUGAUAUAUCUGUUGCACAGUUUAUGUGGAUUAUCAGAAGACGUAUUCAGCUAGCCUCUGAGAAAGCUCUCUUCCUAUUUGUCGGCAAAGUUCUACCAACCACAAGUGCUAGCAUGGGUCAGAUAUACGAGGAACACAAAGAUGAAGAUGGAUUCUUAUAUAUUGCUUAUAGCGGAGAAAACACAUUUGGGAUGUAGGGACCAAUAACAAUCAAUGUAGCAGUCACAUGAUACUCUGUAGAUGACGGAUAAUCAACAGUGGAUCUGAUCUCUAAAACCCACCAAUACACCAUGACUAUAGUAUUAUUAAAUUCGAUUUUAAUUUUUGUCACCUUUUUAAGUAAGGAUCAUAUAUGCAAUAUGAUACAGUCAAAUAUAUUUUCCUUUCCACUGAUUGGUUGAAUUGACCUGGACAUGAUAUGAUUGUGAAAACACCAAGCACAAACAGACUGGGAAUGUUUAAUACCUUAUAAGGUAUUAAACGCACUGCCCAUAUUUAGAAUACUUAUUUGAAGAGUAUCAAAUUGGAGGAUAAAGGCAGAGAGCCAUUCAGCAUUUUUGUGGAUUAUGUUUUUAAUUUCUACAUAUGUAUAAUAUUCAGGGAACUGUGCAGUAGGGUUUAGUGGACUAACAACCCCCUAAACCUAUGUCAUCUUUUGGUAAUAUAGGAAGUAAAAAUUCAAAUCUUAGUCGUUUUUUAUAGGGGAUGACAUCUCCAAAUUUUUUAUAGGGAAUUAAUUGUGAAAUAUUCCAUUUUGAUAGAAUGUUUGGACCUAUUUAAC